GCAGUGCUCAAAUUACGCGAUUAUGCACUUUGUAUGCACUGUCGCCGAGCUCGGCGAGAGGCCGUGUGAGCAGUCUCAAUACUGCUUCCAGGCGUAACGCACGCCUAAUUAAAUUGUAAUAUAACGUUAACGCCCGCACUGACCAUUUGUUGUUAUGAAUUAUAACUCAAUUCUCUGUUUGAAUGAACAUAUAAAUACAAAUAUAAUCGUUGCGUAAUAUUCGCAUGACAAAUUUGGCGAUCCUGCCAGGAUCCGGUUUAAACCAACGAACGCGGCGCGCGUAUCAAACGGCCGGAUCAUAGUGACGAACUUUGGAAGUGAGUGCAUAAGCCCAAUAAAUUCACGCGCGAACCUUCGGCUACGCGUUUAUAAGUAAUUAUUACGAAUUGCACCUAGCAAGGGAUAGAGUGAAAGGCCGCCUUGCGUAGACAAUCAAGGACUGCCUGUAGACCGCUUGAUAAUCAGGGACUGAGUGUAGACCGCCUGAUUCUACGCUGGACAAUUCCCAUGGUGAACUUGUGUAUUUAUUGGAAAGGAAGCAAGUAUUAAAUUCUGCACUCCUUAGAUACAAUAAACUUCGCGUUUAAACCAUCUAAGUGAAGUGAAGUGAGAAUAAGGACACUCAGACUUGAACCGCUCUUAUAUUCUUGCCCCCGGUGCCUGUCAGAGACUCCAGGACAUCGAAGCCUCGUACCGACGGCUACCACGAUCUUCGAGUGUGAUGCUUCACACCUCAAUUUGGCUACUCCUAGCGUGUAGCAGUCUAUCCCUAGCCUACUUCGAUGUCUCAGUUAUCAAUGGGACUUUACUCCAGGAGGAAGUGGGCAAAGUAUACAUGUACCAGGAAAGAUGGAAGAUAUUCCAAUCCAUUGACGCAAGUGGGUUCACCAAACCAUUACUCGACAUCCACAACAAACUCGGAGGCCUCCAGACGAUACGGGAUACCUAUCUGGACCAUUGGAGCCCUGGUCAGCGAUCCCUCGCCCAGUCCGCCCUGGACGCUUUAGAUUUAGAAUUUGCCCGUGCCUCGUCACACAAGAAUAUUUUGGAAGUCAUUUCAGACUUGGGUGCGCCUAUUUUUCAAAUGACGCGGCGCCCCUCUAAAUUAAGGGAAUCUCAAUCCCACGGAACCAAAACAAGUACUCCGAAAGCGCUCGGGUCGAGCGAUGUUACUUACGAAGCCUCGCGCGAAGUUGAGGCGGUAUUUGGAAAACAUGUUCUUCUGACGGGCCUGGCAAAUGAAAUGUAUCCCCUAAGGAAAUCUUAUCUCACGCCAAACAUCAGACCGAAAAGAGGAAUGUAA